GAUCCGCCCACCUUGGCCUCCCAAAGUGCUGGGAUUACAGGUGUCAGCCACUGUGCCCAGCUGCCUUACAGCUUUAGGAGUAAACAAUUGUAUACAGACCAUGUUCUGAGGCUUCCAAACCGAGUCUUGAGUUCAUUAAGGGAUCCAUCAUAGUGAUAGCUAUAGCUGUUAUAGCGUUUAUAUACCAGGCGCUGUUUGGGCACUCUACGUGUAUUAACCUAUUUAACUCUCAUAACAAUCCUAUGAGGCAGAGACUGUUAUCAUACUCAUUGCACAGAUGAGAAAAUGGAGGCAGAGAGGGAGGUUCGGUAAUUUGCCUGAAGUCAAACAGUAGGGUACCAGAGACGGGCUCCAGAUUUUGUUGCUUUCAACCACUUGCUAUACUGUCAAGGUGGAAUUAAAGCAUUUCAAAGAAUGCCUACUCCCUCGCUUUGGAGAGAGUAGUGUUUUAAUGGCGUCUGCACUGUGGACAUUUUUCCUGUCCUUACCGCUCCAGAAACUAGUAGUGCUCCCUGUCCAGGUGUCUUCGUUACACAUUUGCCUUCCCAGUCUGGAGUCCACUCGGCUUCAGGAUCCUCUCUCCUCCCCGUGGGUCUGACCGAGGCUUUAAUGCUCUUUGAAGUAACAGCGAAAUAGCCCUUUGUCUCCCAAGUGGAGUGGUUCUAAAUUUCUGGUAGCCAAUGAGCGCCGCGGAACCGCGGAUUCCGCCCAGGGAGGCUCAAAGCUGAGCCGUGGGUGGAGCCAGCGAAGGGGGCGGAACUGAGCCGCAGGGCGUACCUACUGUGUGCCGCGUGCGCUGCCUGGAGCGGAGCUAUGAGCUGGACCUGUCCGCGUUGCCAACAACCUGUUUUCUUCGCUGAGAAGGUGAGCUCCCUGGGCAAGAACUGGCACCGCUUCUGCCUGAAAUGUGAGCGCUGCCACAGCGUCCUGUCCCCUGGCGGGCAUGCAGAGCACAACGGGAGGCCAUACUGCCACAAGCCAUGCUAUGGGGCUCUCUUUGGACCCAGGGGGGUGAACAUUGGUGGUGUAGGCUCCUACUUGUACAAUCCCCCCACUCCCAGCCCUGGCUGCACCACUCCUCUCAGCCCCAGCAGCUUCAGCCCUCCCAGGCCAAGGACUGGCCUCCCCCAAGGCAAGAAAAGCCCUCCCCAUAUGAAGACAUUCACUGGGGAGACUUCGCUGUGCCCUGGCUGUGGGGAGCCUGUCUAUUUUGCUGAGAAGGUGAUGUCAUUAGGCAGAAAUUGGCACCGACCAUGUCUGAGGUGCCAGCGUUGCCACAAGACCCUGACUGCUGGGAGUCAUGCUGAGCAUGAUGGAGUCCCCUACUGCCACGUCCCCUGCUACGGCUACCUGUUUGGCCCAAAAGGUGUGAACAUUGGCGAUGUGGGCUGCUACAUCUAUGACCCAGUGAAGAUAAAAUUCAAAUGAGACACUCACAAAAAAGGUCACCCUAACUCAGGCCUCCCAUCAUGCCCCUCAUGGUCCAAUGGGAGCUACAAAAAUCUCCAGUCCCAUGGGGGUUGGGGAAGGUGGGAUCUUGGGGGCCUGGGCCUAGGCUCCAUGGUAGGCCAGAGAGUCUAGACUUUCUCUGCCAAUUUUUUCCCUUUCCCAUUUCUAUCUGGUUAGGGAACAGCCCGUUUUGAAGGGUAUCCUCCUCCUGGCCAUCACAACCCCUUUCCCCAGCACAUUCUGGAGCUUCAAGGUACUCAUAAAACUUGUGUUUAUUGAAUUUCAGCCUCUCUGGCUUCUUCAAUAAAAUGUUGGCUCCCA